UGACGCGCUGAGGGGAACUCGAGGCACCUCGACAGCUUCCUUCAUCCGUGACAAACUGCUCACCGUUUUACUCUCCUCCUGACACGGAAAUUAGGUUGGCGCAGUUCUCGAUUACGGCGGUUUUUCUUUUUCAUGCACACACCGACAACGUAAGCAGCCUUUCUCUCAGGUAACGCGAGCCAAUAAACGCUCACGGACGGUGGCCAAACACGCGAGCUCACGGAAAAGGAGGCGGGAACCUCGCGCACCUUCAGAGGACGCGGAGCUAGUGCGCGCGCACUCACUCAGCUCGAGCACACACGGAGCAGCAGCUUCACGGGCUCAAACCGGCGGAUUGCAGAAGGGGCAGGUGGACGUCUGCGCAGACUACCACCUCCACUUGGCGGUCUAAAAGCACCUCGGUGGAAAUUUGGCCACUUAAGCCCUUCCGUGAUCUCGGUGUCAUUUGUCACAAAUACAUGCCGUUCAAGUGGUCGUAGUAAACCGUUCCUCGAGAUGGAAAACGCCCACACUAAAUCUGCACCAGAAGUUUUAGCAAACUUCGGUGUGAAUGAAAACACUGGACUCACGUUGGAACAAGUGAAAAUUCAUUUCGAAAGAUAUGGACCAAACGAGCUCCCAGCUGAAGAAGGUAAAUCAUUGUGGGAGUUGGUGGUGGAGCAGUUUGAGGACCUCCUGGUGAGGAUUCUGCUGCUGGCAGCUUGCGUGUCUUUCGUGUUGGCCCUGUUUGAGGAGGGGGAGGAGACGACCACAGCUUUCGUGGAGCCUAUUGUCAUCCUGCUCAUUCUGGUGGCCAACGCAGUCAUUGGAGUCUGGCAGGAGCGAAAUGCAGAGAGUGCCAUCGAGGCUCUGAAAGAAUACGAGCCAGAGAUGGGCAAAGUCUACCGCAUGAACCGCACAGCCGUCCAGAGGAUCAAAGCUCGAGAUAUUGUGCCUGGAGAUAUUGUGGAGGUUUCUGUUGGAGACAAGGUCCCAGCAGAUAUCAGGAUCACUUCAAUCAAAUCUACCACCCUAAGAGUGGACCAGUCCAUUCUCACAGGUGAAUCUGUGUCUGUUAUCAAACACACUGAUCCCGUGCCAGAUCCACGAGCUGUCAAUCAAGACAAAAAGAACAUGCUGUUUUCUGGCACAAACAUUGCUGCGGGUCGGGCCAUAGGUGUUGUCAUCUCCACUGGCGUUUCCACCGAAAUCGGUAAGAUCCGUAACCAGAUGGCGUCAACCGAGCAGGAGAAGACCCCGUUGCAGCAGAAGCUGGAUGAGUUUGGCCAACAGCUCUCAAAGGUCAUUUCAUUAAUCUGCGUCGCUGUCUGGGUCAUUAACAUCGGCCAUUUCGCCGACCCGGUCCACGGUGGCUCCUGGAUUCGAGGUGCGAUCUACUAUUUCAAGAUAGCUGUGGCCUUGGCAGUUGCAGCCAUCCCGGAGGGUCUGCCAGCUGUCAUCACCACCUGCCUGGCGUUGGGCACCCGUCGCAUGGCCAAGAAAAAUGCCAUUGUCCGUUCUCUGCCCUCAGUGGAGACGCUGGGAUGCACCUCCGUUAUCUGCUCAGACAAGACAGGGACCCUGACAACCAACCAGAUGUCUGUCUGCAGGAUGUUUGUGCUUAAUAAGGCUGAUGACACCAGCUGCUCCCUGCAUGAGUUCACCAUCACCGGCUCAACCUAUGCACCGGAGGGACAUGUGCUGAAAGCCGACAAGCCAGUGCAGUGUGGAGAUUAUGAUGGUCUGGUGGAACUGGCUACUAUUUGCUCCCUGUGCAAUGACUCCUCACUGGACUAUAAUGAGGCCAAAGGAGUAUACGAGAAAGUGGGUGAGGCCACAGAAACUGCGCUCACGACUCUGGUGGAGAAAAUGAACGUAUUUAAAACGGACCUGUCUGGACUCAGCAAAGUGGACCGAGCUUCAGCGUGCAACUCGAUUUUCAAAAAGCUAAUGCAGAAAAAAUUCACACUGGAGUUUUCCAGAGACAGGAAGUCCAUGUCUGUGUACUGCACUCCCAGUGGCUCGAACUCUCAGAGCAAGAUGUUUAUCAAGGGUGCUCCAGAAGGUGUGAUUGACCGUUGUCAGUUUGUGCGUGUUGGUAAAGACCGUGUCCCAUUGACCACGGCGGUAAAGGAGGAGCUGAUGAGCACUAUUAGAGACUGGGGGGCAGGCAGGGACACACUGCGCUGCUUGGCUUUGGCCACACGAGACUCUCCCCCUCCUGAGGACAAAAUGGACCUCGAAAACUCUGCCAAGUUCUCGGAGUACGAGUCAAGUCUGACCUUCGUUGGCUGUGUGGGGAUGUUGGAUCCACCCAGAAAGGAGGUGAUUGGCUCAAUAAAGCUGUGCAGUAAGGCCGGUAUACGUGUCAUCAUGAUCACUGGGGACAACAAGGGCACCGCCGUGGCCAUCUGCAGACGCAUUGGCAUUUUCAAUGAGGAUGAAGAUGUGGAAGGAAGAGCCUACACGGGCAGAGAGUUCGAUGACCUGACUCCAGAGGCCCAGCGAGACGCUGUGAAAAAGGCACGGUGCUUUGCCCGUGUGGAGCCUGCACACAAGUCAAAGAUCGUUGCUUACCUACAGUCCUUUGAUGAGAUCACAGCGAUGACUGGAGAUGGCGUGAACGAUGCCCCUGCUUUAAAAAAGGCUGAAAUUGGCAUCGCCAUGGGCUCAGGCACAGCUGUAGCCAAGUCAGCCUCGGAGAUGGUGCUCUCUGAUGAUAACUUCUCCACCAUCGUGGCCGCAGUUGAAGAGGGACGAGCCAUCUACAACAACAUGAAGCAGUUUAUCCGUUACCUCAUCUCCUCCAACGUGGGAGAGGUGGUGUGUAUUUUCCUGACAGCAAUCCUUGGCCUACCUGAGGCUCUGAUCCCCGUCCAGUUGUUGUGGGUGAACCUGGUGACAGAUGGUCUGCCAGCCACUGCCCUGGGCUUCAACCCCCCUGAUCUGGACAUCAUGGACAAGCCCCCCAGAAACCCUAAAGAGUCUCUCAUCUCUGGCUGGCUCUUCUUCAGAUACCUGGCCAUUGGAGGAUAUGUGGGUCUAGGCACUGUCAGUGCUGCCACCUGGUGGUAUUUGUUUGAUGAAGAUGGGCCACAGGUGUCUUUUUAUCAGCUGAGGCACUUUAUGCAGUGUACAGAAGAGAAUCCCAUGUUUCAAGGCAUUGACUGUGAGGUCUUUGAGUCCCGUUACCCCACCACCAUGGCUCUUUCUGUGCUUGUUACCAUAGAGAUGUUCAAUGCUCUUAACAGCCUGUCAGAGAAUCAGUCUCUGCUGAGGAUGCCACCCUGGGUGAAUAUAUGGCUGCUAGGGGCAAUAAUCCUUUCCUUAUCUCUCCACUUCCUCAUCCUGUAUGUGGAGCCUCUACCGCUGAUCUUCCAGGUAACUCCACUGAGUUGUUCCCAAUGGAUCAUAGUCCUCAAGAUCUCAAUUCCUGUCAUCCUAUUGGAUGAAGCACUCAAGUAUAUCUCCCGCCACCACUUAGAAGGUGAAGAGGAGGAAAGGUACAGGAAGAGUCGGCAGCUGAAAUUCUAGGACAACUUCCUCCAGACACACAUGAACACACACACAUGCGCACCCCUGCCUCUUUCCCCCAAGCUUUUAAGACUGCGCCCCGUGCAUACACACACUCACACACACACACACACGCUUGUCAUCACUUAUCCUGUGUCUUCGCUGCAUGUCCAGCCACCACUAAAACAAGCAGGGCUUGUAGUUUGUGUUACUGUGUGUGUGUUUGUGUGAGAGCGAGAGAUUAGGUGUGUGCGUGUGUGUUGGCAUGUGCAUGGACCUAAUUCAAUCAUGUCAAGCACUUGUGACCAUUUGUUUUCUUUUAUCUUGCUUUUUAGCAUUCAUGUCCUUGCUGUACAUAGUAGGGCAGUUUCUGGUGCCGCUUGAGGGAGAAGAAGAGGGUUUGACGUUAAACUUUGGGGUAUUACGGGUUCAAUUCUCUCCCUUUACACGAGGAGAGAUUCUAAUUUUAAAAAAGGAGACGAUGGAGAUGGCACCAUGGGCAUCUUUUACUGUGUGAAUAUUCCCGUUUGGACAGAAUGGCCAGUUUCUUAAGUGGUCAACUCCAGUGUCUCUCUCGUUCCGCUCCUCUUUACAGAUGGGAUGGCCACGUACAGUGCUGAGAGUUCAUUCUCUUAGCCAUAAGUUUCAUUUAGAUAGCCGUUAACAUAAGGCUAACCUGGCAGCAGAUGUAUUUUUUGUUUUUGUUUUAAGAUUAAGUCUAAAAUAGGUGCCACUUAAACCUGAGAAUGUUGAAACAUACUACAUUCUGGAUUCAAGGAUAUGUGAAAUAGGCCCAGGAAUUAAUUUCACCUACAAAACAUUUCAAAACGAUCCAAAUUAUUUACAUAUGAUCACAAACACAAAGGGAGCAACUGCUCUAUCCCAGACAUCUCUUCUACUCUAGUCUAGAGUGAACUCCAGUUGAACACUAGUAACUAUGUGCUGCAAGUAAAUCUGUCCAAACGUGGUGCAACCUGCCACAUGCUGUAAGUAUUGAUAUCUUCUGCAGGUUUUGAAUAUGAUCAGAGGGAAGGAGAAGGAAAGAAAGGGAUUUGUUCACUGACGUGAAGGGCAGUCCAAGUCUGCAUCAUUGCUUGUUGGGACAGCUUUGAUGUGUAACAUUAUCUGACUCACUUCUCCACACAAACACAUGCACCCUCAUUACGGAGUAAAGGGCUCUCACUUGAAUGUACUUUUACUCGCUUCUUCUCUGUACCGUCUUAUCCUUUGAAAUGUAACCAAAGUGAGAGAUUCACCUUCUCAUCCUUCUUUAAUCCUGUAUGCUGCCAAAUGGCUUCUUCGUUUGCUUUUGUUUUUCUUCCUCCAUAUUCUACAUUUGGGUUGAGUUAAUAUCAUCAUCAUGAACACAGAAACACUUUUAUCGCAGUGGGGCUAACAUGCUUGUCGUGCAUCCUGUCCACAGAGGGACGACUCUCUACCGCUAGUGCUUUUCUUGCAAUUUUGCUGAACUUUGCGACUUUUUUUUUUUAAAUAAAGUAAUAAUAAUGUAUUUGACUGAAAGAACCCAGGUGGUUUAGUUUGUCAGUUUUGCUGUUAAGGGUAUCAAAUGCCUUCAUCGAUCUGUUGGGAAUGCGGGUGUGCUGUUAUCAGACAAAUUGGCAAACCAAGUACGCCUGUGCCUGGUGUCAUUAUGCUUGCCGUGGUAAAAACGCAGUGUGAAGAGUCUGUGUCCGCUUGUUAGCUGUGACUGGUGUGAGCAUCCUUUUGUCACAGUCUAGAGUCAUCUGUUCUCCCAGCAACAAAUGUGAGUGGUGUAAAUGCUAUUUUAAAGGCAAGCUCUGUGUCCCAUGUGCUUUCACACCUUUAGCUAUUUCAAUGGCAACAUAUUACCAUGCAACUUUAGGGACAGCGUAUCGACACGAGGCAGUAAGGCAGCUUGUAUUCAUCACACUAGCAUCCGCACCAAUAGAAAAUGUGGGCUUUGUACAGCCUUGCUAAUAACUACUGAUCUAUUGAACUCUUCUUGUACAGAAAAAAGAAACUAAAUACCUGAUUGCAUGGAACCUUGUUACUGUAAUUAAUAACCUAUACAGUAUAUUACAUUUAUUUUUAAAUAAUGGCUUAAAUGAAACAUCAACACCCAGAAGAGAACAGUUUUUUUUUCUGCAUUCAAGUAACUAAAGAUGGAGAAUAUUUUUUAGAUUAGUGGAGGUUGUUUAUUCAUUGUAACAGAUUGUUUUUAAGGGUUGCAGGGGGUUUUGUGUCUUUUACAUUUAGAUUAGGAGUUGUAAAAUAAAAAUAAGAAUUGUCCUAAUGAUCAUUUUGCAACUUAUAAUUGGGUUUAAAUGUAGGAGGAUUUUUGGUUUUUCUUUUGUUGGAUUGUUCUGGAAAAGGACUUGUGUUUUACAGAGUGACGUCCAGUAGUCCAUACUGGUUUAUGGGAGAAGUCGUUCUCUUGAAAGGCUUAUUUUGGGUACUGUGCCUCCAGGUGUAUGAAAUGUCUGUGUGUUAUGCAGAAAAUUGGACGUCCACUUUGUAAAUCUAUUUCAAUUCAUAUUCAAAAACUAGUCGAAUAUUUUUUUUUCUCACUUUUUUGAACUUCUUUUGUUGGUGCUUCUCCCACAUACCGUUUUUAUCAAACAAUGCUGAAUGUUUUCAUUCUGAAACGUAAUUGAUUGUUCGCUAUGAACACUCUCGAAAGGCUGACAAUCAGGAGAGCAAACACAAGAUUGUAGUGACGUUUCCCUCCAUUGGUUUCUGAGCACAGUGUGGUCCUGAGAUGAUCAGUUCGUCCUGGACGGCUGUCUUUCUGCCUGCGCACAAACCGGCUGGAGCUUUGCACCCACUACUGAGAAAGAAAGAAUUCUCUGUUAAACGCCUUGGUAAUAUUAAUUGUGGAUACAUAAUUUUAUAUAUAUGAAAAACACAUGUCAAAUAAAGAUUAUUUAUCUUCUAAUUUA